CCGAACAAUUGACUUUAGCUUCAGUCAUUUUUUAUAAUUUAAAAAGUAUUUCAAAACCAAGUGCAUGUACCUUGCGGUUGCGCUGAUCAUCAUCAUUGCCAGCUUGAUACGAUUGCAGAUUCGCAAUGGGCCACCGAGGAGUUCUGGUUUUGGCGAUAAGCAUCGUAGGGGCAAUGGCGUUUAUCCCCCAUGGUUCUAUUGGGGAAAAGGAUCCAAUUUUAACCGAGGCUUUGCUUCGUGAAGUUGUGGAACGUAUGGGCAAGGAUUUCAACGAUGCCGAGUCCACAUACCUCGAGCUGCCCCCGAGCGAGCACCGGCUGGCAAUGAUGGCGCGCGCCAAAGAGCAAGGCUGCAUCAGUGAGUUCGAGAACACAGCCGCGUACAGCCGAGAGUACCAGCUUGCUCAGCGCUGCAUGUGCGACGGCGAGCACAUGUUCAGCUGCCCACCAGACGCCGCCGAUCUUGAGCUACGCUUCCCCGAUCAUCACAAGAGCCUCGCUGCUAAGAAGUUUAACAUAGACGUAGACAACCCUUAUCUUCUGGGGGAACGUUUGCCGAUCGCGGCCAAGAAGGGUUUCGAUGUCCGCGUAUUCUAAAUGUAAACGUUUUUAGAUUCGAUGUCUAUUUAAGAUCAGUAACGAGAUAAGAGCAUUUUCUCCGUGAUUCCGACUAUUUUAACCUUUUACCUAUAAAUAAGUUAGAAAUCAUUGCAACCUCAUUUAAGUGUAAGCACACGUGAUAGAAUGUUUAUGGAAUGAAGCACAAAAUAAUGAACAACCAGUGAAAAGGUUCACUUGUAUUUUAUGUUUUUUUGUGCGAAGUUUUAUUAAGUUUAUCCCUCCUUACUUUAUUAUUACAUAAGAUUUGUACAUAUAACAAGGACAAUGAAGACAAACAUAGCACAGUACAUACAAACGUAGAUAUUAUUACAUUAGUUAAUAACUUAUCAAAUAAUAUAUUUGAAUAUUUGAUAAUUUGUUAACUUGUGUAAUGUAAGUAAAUGUAAGUUA